AUGGAAGGACUCGGAAUGCCAGAAGGAUUUGACGAGGCAAUUUACCUAAUUGAACUUAACGACUGCGUAAAAGACUACUUGCGCAAGGUCAUGAAGCCCCAAGGUCAAGUUCACCACUAUUUCUGGAAGGGCUGCCUUGAAUCUCGAGACUUCGACUGGAAUUCCAAUUCAAAUACCAGAAAACACUCCUUUCGACGACAUAAAGCAAGCAAAGAAAGAAGCUCUUGUUAA